AUAUCAUACACGCCUUCGCCUUCAAAUAUAUCAAGCACGUCAUACCCAAAGUUUGAGAUGGAAGAACAGUAUAUGUCCAAGUCUGUUUCUAUGGACAGUUUGUUGAGUGAGGAUAACAACCAAGUGUGGAACCAAUACGUACACUUCUAUCACGAGAGAAUGGCCACAAGAGAAAGGUUAAAGAAACAUAUCCCAGACAACCAAUCCGGACCGGGAAACAUCAAUAAUACCGUCCUGGACACCGCCAUGGAAACGCUCCGUAGGGAAAUGGCUGCUGUGAUUGACAACGACCUGGCUCUGUCUAAACAGCUUUUGGUCCUACACGAGACAAUCGAAGAUCUUCUGACGGGGGAUGACGAUUGUGAAUCAUCUGACGCGUGCUCAGAGAUAAACUUAUGUGACUCUUGUACCCUGAGCCAAACUAUAUUAGUAAAACCCAAUAAAACCUCGAGUGUGAGCGACCACCAAAAGUACAGUUCAAUAGACUCAGACGAUGUUGUCAUACACACACCCGCCAAACAACACCAAAGACGAAAUGAUGGAGGACAUCAGAAACAAAACUCAAACGAUUCUGGCUUUUGUUUUAUUUUCCAGGAUCUGGAAGUGACGAUUUAAUGAAUAACAAAACGUUUUCGUGGAAUGGGUGUUACAAUUGUAACUCAAACAAAUCAGCGUUUACAGGUUAUACUGACUACUGAUUCUAUGUGUGUUUUCUCUUAUCCUAUUGAUUUCUAUAUGAUGUUAUGAAGAUGGUGUUGUUCUUGUUAUUGCUGUUGUCAAAUAAAUGUAUAUUAAAAAUA